GAGCUGGAUGAGUCUUCGCGGCCGCGGUGCGUCUGUCUUUCACGCCGCGAAACUGCGUCUCCGUGCGGGGAUCUGUCGGGCGGGGGGGGAAACUCACACGUAAUCGCAUCGCCUGGACCCACGCUGCUGCAUGACCACCAUGCUCACGCGGGUGAAAUCGGCGGUGGCCAAUUUUAUGGGAGGUAUGAUGGCUGGUGGCUCCAACGGGGACCAUCCCGGCGGCUCCGAUAUGCCGCUGAAAUACCCGUACAGCAGACCGGAGUUCCUGGGGCUGUCGCCGGACGAGGUGGAGUGCUCGGCGGAUCACAUUGCGAGACCGAUCCUCAUACUGAAGGAGACCAAGCGGCUGCCGUGGUCCACCGGCUACGCAGAGGUGAUCAAUGCAGGAAAGAGCACGUUAAAUGAGGACCAGGCUUGCUGUGAGGUGCUGGUGGUCAAACGGAGACCUGCAGGAAGCUCCACGCCCAACCGAACCCCUCUGACCCGCAGGAGGUCUUCCCUGCCCAAUGGAGAGGGUAUGGGCCUCCGGGAGUGCCUGGACGGCUCUGAAGACCUAACCUUGCACUACUGGGCGCUGUUCGAUGGUCACGCUGGCUCUGGGGUGGCUGUAGCGGCUUCCCGCCUUCUACAUCACCACAUCGCCCUGCACCUUCAGGAGGUGACAGAGAUCCUCUGCACUCCAAACCUGUUGCCCCCGACGUGCCUGGGAGAGGAGCCUAUCAAUCACCACCUCACCCCGACAUCCCAACGCGCCCUCACCAGGGCCGCCUCGCUCCGUGGUGCUGCAGGGGCCCCGGGUUCACCCAGCACCCCACCCACACGCUUCUUUACUGAGAAGAAGGUUUCACACGAGAGCUUGGUGAUCGGCGCCAUCGAGAAUGCUUUCAAAGACAUGGAUGUGCAGAUAGAAAAGGAGAAGGCAGUCUACAACAUCUCGGGUGGCUGCACUGCUCUGGUGGUCGUCUAUUUACUGGGGAAGCUUUACGUUGGGAACGCCGGGGACAGCAGAGCUAUCAUUAUCCGGGCCGGGGAAGUCAUCCCCAUGUCAACAGAGUUCACGCCAGAGUCAGAGAGACGGCGACUGCAGUUCCUGGCCUACAUGCAGCCCCACUUAUUAGGUAACGAGUUUACGCAUCUGGAAUUCCCGAGGAGGGUCCAGAGAAAGGAGGUGGGGAAGAGGAUGCUGUACCGUGACUUCACCAUGGCGGGAUGGGCGUAUAAAACCAUCGAGGACGAUGACCUAAAGUUUCCCCUGAUCUACGGUGAAGGGAAGAAGGCUCGUGUGUUAGCGACCAUUGGGGUCACCAGAGGUCUCGGGGACCACAAUCUCAAAGUGCAUGACUCCAACAUCUACAUUAAGCCCUUCCUGUCCUGCUGCCCAGAGGUCAAAGCCUACCCUUUGGCGCAGUACGAGCAUGGGGCUGACGAUGUUCUGGUGCUGGGAACUGAUGGUCUGUGGGACGUCCUCUCUAACCAGGAAGUAGCUGAAGCAGUCACCUGUUUCCUGGCAAACUGCGACCCCGACGACCAGCACAGGUACACAAUGGCAGCUCAAGACCUCGUAAUGAGAGCACGCGGGGUGCUGAAGGACCGCGGUUGGAGGAUAUCCAAUGACAGAUUAGGCUCUGGAGAUGACAUCUCUGUCUACAUCAUUCCCCUCAUGUACGGCAACAAGCAGAACUAGCCAAGCUAGGAAACGACAACUACCACUGAAACAUAACCCUGCCUUGAUCCCCCAACUUGACCUCUGCAGUUUCCCUCAUCCCUUGUGCUCUUUUUAAAGUGCUUUAGUGUGGACUCCGCUGAGGGUUCCAAGAUGUUUCUGGUCAGAGUUGGGAUUUAUGUCCAGGCCAUUUUCCCCUUGAUCAUCUUUAAUCAGGAUGAUCAUAUUUUUUUCUGGCCCUUUUCUUUUUUUAAUAGAAAUGAAACUGUUAAUAGCCGAAUCAUGAAAAGAACUGUUGAAGAGUUGAACGACUGAUUUAUUUUAUUUUAUUUUAUUUUAUUCAAUCUCGAGGAAGCCAUUGUGAAUCUAUUUGUGGGGUGAUGCCAGAGGGUUUGAGAGCAAGGGUUCUCAUGGAUGCGAUGGUGACGUGCAUCUCAGGAUUGCUGUUACUAACUAAUGCACAAUAUUUAUAAAUGUGAAAAUGUAAAUACUCCCAGGCAUAAGACAUUUAAUAAGUGUGUUUGGUUGAACACCUGUACAGUGUAUAAAAAAAACAAACCUGAAGACUGAUGUCCUGCAUAUAUGAAUCAUACAUCCUCUGUCCCAUGUAGAGCUUUUAAUUUAGCCAUGUGCAAUUGUUAGUCUGUUUUACCAAAGGAGAAAAAAAAAAAGCUUUCUGUAGAUUGUACGUCACCUGGUUCUCCUAAUUCUGCAGUUGCUAUUUUGGUUCAUUUGUACCCCUUGCAUUGCAAUACUGUGCUUACUAUUAAGGAAAACUGCUGCUUCUGUUGAAAUUGAACACAUUUAUGAAGAAUACACUACUAUGAGGAGUCACCUUCAACCCUGCUUACAUCUCAUCAUACUAUUAAAUCUAGCCCAGUUUUUACGUUAAUUAUUAUUAUAUAAUUAUUAAUUAAGAAGUAAUAACAUAGUAUCCAAAAUAAUAUCUGUUGCACUCAUUCACCAUUAGCCAUCUACCUCAUAAUUUUCUUCCUUUUAUUGUAUUACACAUAACACAUGCUGUCUUUGUCUUCUUUGACUGUUUGCAUGCUAUGUCAGCUGAAUCAUCAGCUGCUACCUGUGCCAUUAUUCAGAGUUACAUUGGUAUGAUUUGCUCGUGUAUCUGCAAGAUUUGUAAACGUUUUCAGAAAAGCACUGAGCAAAGACAAAAAGCCUCCCAGGGAACUGUGUGAAGGUUAUACUGUUGUAGAAAAUAUGUAGAAUGCUAAAAAAAAAAGAAAAAACCCACUGCCAUGACCUAAUUUUUUACCUUUUGUCAGUAUCAGUUGGAUACAUUGUCCCUAUUAAGAUAAACCUAUCCUUAUGAAUAGCAGGUGCCUCCAACAGUAUAUUCAAGAUUAUCAUUGCAGACAGUUAUACAAACAUGUACCUUAUGUCUCUCUACAAUCAUCUUUGUUCCCUGAUUCAGUGGUCUUCCACAGUUUGGUUCAUUUAGGUUUAGGUCGUAGUUUUCAGCUGCUAUUAAUUGUGCACAAAUAUUGUAUGUUAACUGCUGUACGAGUGUCUGGAACUGGUGAAACAUGGAACAGACAGUAAUUUAAUUUCAAUGUGCAAAAUGUAAAUAACGUUUUCAGUGGACACUUCUUUCUUUUACUAUAAGUGAUGUACAUCUUACUGAGUGAAAAUACAUAAUUUGUACUGUUUUGGAAACCUAGAACAGUGUAAAAAAAGGUUUACAUGGUCACUUUUCUGCUCUAUUAAA